GGCUUCAGCGUUUUCUCCGAGAGGGCGAAAUUAAUAAAAGCAUGACAUAGGUCCACAUAGCAUAAUGGGCGGUCGCUGCCGUCGCUCUGGACGAGCAGCGAGAAGGAGGAGGCAAAAAAAAGAAAGCGGCACUCAGUCAGUCUCUCUGUGUCAUCAGCUGCAGUAUGUGCGGCUGAUGAAGUUUCUCCACCAGCGAGGAUUCACCUCAUCCCUCCUGCAGCCGGUUUUCUUCACUGACACUGACAGAGGUCUGCAGACUGUCCGAGCUAUAAAGCCUGGUCAGCUUCUCAUUUCCCUGCCGGAGUCGUGUCUCCUCACAACCUCAACUGUUUUGGACAGCUACCUGGGACAGUAUGUCAAAAGCUGGAACCCCCCGAUCUCUCCCCUUCUGGCUCUCUGUGUCUUCUUGGUGUGUGAGCGACACCGAAGCGAACAGUCUGAAUGGUUCCCUUACAUAGAGGUGCUGCCCACCUCCUACACCUGCCCUGCAUAUUUCACAGAUGAUGUCAUGGCCGUUCUGCCCAGCUGUGUUCAAAGGCAGGCCUUAGAGCAGCGGGAGGCAGUCCGGGGCCUCCAUUCCUCCAACCAGGACUUUUUCAGGUCACUGCAGCCAGUCCUGAGUCAACCGGUGGAGGAGGUGCUGACAUAUGAAGCACUGAGGUGGGCGUGGUGCAGUGUAAACACACGUUCUGUGUUCAUGUCACAGCCACCCUCUCACUUCCUGUCUGGACUCGAUGUUUAUGCUUUGGCCCCGUUCCUGGACCUGCUCAACCAUCAACCUGCUGUCCAGGUAAAAGCAAGCUUCAAUAAAGUGACAGGAUGUUAUGAGAUCAGGAGCGUUUCUGGAACCCUGCAGUACCAACAGGCCUUCAUUAACUACGGCUCCCAUGAUAACCAGCGCCUGCUGUUGGAGUACGGCUUUGUUGCCCCCUGCAACCCCCACAGCGUGGUCUAUGUCGAUUCAGAUCUGCUUUGUGAUGUUUUGAGGAGCGACAGAGGUUUAGCUCAGAAAAUGAAGUUCCUCAGAGAGAACAGCUUUCUGAAUAAUCUCACUGUAUCCAGUGAAGGCCCCAGUUGGAGGCUGAUGACAGCUCUCAGACUGAUGUCUCUGCCACAAACACUGUAUCACCACUGGAAGGCGGUGUUGCUUGGUCAGAUGGUGUGUGAAGACAGGGAGCGCUGGAGCAUCCAGACAGCCCAGGCUCUGUGUCAGCAAUUACUACAAGACACACACAGAGCUCUGGACAAGAUCUCCCACCUCCUGUGCCAGUGUGAUCAAUCAACCAGGGAUCAACUAAAUGUAGUCAGGUCACUGCGACAGGAGGAGCGGUGCAUCCUGGGAAGCUGUCUGAAAGUGCUGCAGGGAAUGCUGAGAGAGCGUAAAGAAGUUGUAAUGCCAACCUGAUGCUGAGCUGUAAGAUGACAUCUGAUCGGUGCUCUGACCUGCCACUCACUGUGAGAAGCAGAGCCCUUGGUGGCUCAGUGGCAGAGCGAUGGUUUGGGGAGCGGAAGGUUCAAACCCCCACCAGAGCACCAAGUGUGUCCUUAAGGAGACUUCUCACUAGCUCCCCGGGCACCUUGCAUGGCAGCCCACUGCUCCCCAAGGGGAUGGGUUAAAAGCAGUAGACGAAUUUCAUUGUUACAUUGUAUGUGAUAAUGACCAAUAAAGGCUUUCUUCUUUUUCUUCUAAACUGGU